UUUCAAGUAAAAGAUCAAAUUUCGAUGAUAAGAGGCUUGCGCAAGCCAGCUGCCGGCUCAGCCGACAAUAAGACCCUCGCUACAGUUGAGGUAAGUCCGAUGAGCUCUUUGGAGGGGCCACGAUAGUCACACUUGUAGUAUUUCGCCAACUGACAAAUGCGAACCCCGGUCGACCUAUGAGUGGUGAGAAAGAAGUAUAUAUACACUGCGUGAGCACAUCUUGUAGAGCCAACGAAGCACUUCUUUUUACACUACAUUCCAAUAUCCAUAUCUUUGAGUCCUAUAUCGAAAGGAUACCAUGGCUCCCAAGACCAAAUCUCACGGUCCGACAUGUUCCAGUCCCUACACAGAUGGCAAAAUAGAGCCUAUCCGAGCAUUACCUGCGAGCUGGUAUGUAUCUGAUGAAAUGUACCAGCUCGAAAGGCGUGGGAUAUUUAGCAAGAAAUGGAUGUUGGUGACUCACGAGUGCCGGUUUUCUAACCUGGGAGACUGGAUAAAGUUCGAGAUCGCUGGAUACGAGUAUGUCAUCACGAAAGACCGAAAAGGCCAAUUUAAUGCUUUUCACAACACCUGUCGUCACCGAGGCUAUCCGAUUGUCGAUGCUGGAUCCGGCCGUAACCAAAUACUGUCAUGCAAGUAUCAUGGAUGGUCCUACAGCAUGGAUGGGAAGCUUACAAAAGCGCCUUGGUACGACAAUGUAGAGAACUUCAACAUAAACGAAAACAGUUUGUUCAAGAUCCAUCUGAAGAAAGAUGCUCUUGGCUUCAUCUGGGUCAAUUUGGACUCGUCGGACGAUCCUGAGCCAUGGGAGAAAGAAUUCGAUGGGAUCGAUACCCAAGAACGAUACGACGGCUACGACAUGAGCGUAUACGUAUUUGAUCACGAGUUCGAAAUUGACGCGUCAACCAACUGGAAGCUUUGCUCUGACAAUUUCAACGAGUGCUACCACUGCCCAACGUCGCAUCCUACCAUCCCAACUUUGUUCGAUCUCGAUACUCUAACUUUAGAUGCGAAAGAUGGGUAUGUGAUCUCCAGCUCCAAACAAGACGAAGAGCAAAAGAGAGAAGGUCUUCAGAUCUGCACCACCUACUAUUUUCCAAAUGUCUCUACAAAUAUCUUACCCAACUACAUCAUGCUGCAAAGGUUCUUACCGAUCAGUGCACACCAGACCAAGAUGCAUUAUCAGAUCUUUCGAAACAAGAACGCAAAACAAGAACACUUCGACAAGAUCAACGUUCUUUACAAACAGGUCAUGAAUGAAGACAAGGGACUGGCAAAUGGUGUACAGAAGAACAUGGAGCGCGGACAUUUCGUCAAUGGUCAGAUGAAUCCAUUUAUUGAAAGUCCGGUGAUCCAUCAGCAAGCAAAGAUGCGGGAGGCUGUUAAGGAGCAUGCGGCUAUGGAAAAGGCAGCAGGUCGUCAAAUUUGGCCUGUGCAACAGCCUCCAAACUCAGACACAGUUAGCAAGGAGGAUGAUGAAUUCUGCGCAGGUCUCUCAUGCGCCUCUGGUCAGCAGAGUGCACUGGUAUGGUAACAAAACCUUCGAAGUAUUCCGAACUGAAUGUAGUCCGUCAAAUGUUUCUAUCUAUCCGUUUCACUUCUUUCUUUGCGCUGAAUAUUAGGUGCUGCUCACCAGCAGUAGAGAUCCAAGUCAUUAAUCUGAACACACCGCCGGAGACUAGCACAGGUUCUAACCAGAGGUGAUGUCACCGUUGGAAUGCGCCUAUCGAUCAACUAUAUAGCUGCUGGGGGAUAGCAUAACGAUUAUAGCACCAGAUUCUGCUGGGUCUGGGGUGUAAAACGUGUAAUUAGAGCCAGAGCUCCUCUACAGACUCUAUUCAAG